GUGAGAGAGAGGAGGGGGGCUCGCCGCGACGUUCCAUUCCCGGGGACGUUCCAUUCCCUGGGAGCUCGCGCUGCGGCUGCUUGCUCCUUUUGCAAAAAGGCUAGGAGAUUGCACGGCGUCGGCGGGUUGCAAUAGGAAAGAGCGAAGUGUCCGUCCCGUGCAAUGGCCGAUUGUUCCUCCGUGUUGGAAAGAAGGCAACGCGUCGGCUGGGGUUUUGCAUUGCGCUUGCAUUGCCGAGAAAACCCCACUCGCCCGGCGGAUUCUUCGUAGAAAGGAGACAGUGUGUGGAGGGAGGGAAGAGGAGAGAGCCAACAGGGAGAGAGGUGCAGCGAGCAGGAGCGGCUGCUGCAUCUAGUGCCCAAGGAGGAGGAGGAGGAGGAGAAAGUAGAGCAUGAAAUCCCGAGGAGGUUGAGCUGAGAAGGAAAAAGCUGGGAGAGAUGCAACUGGUGUAACUGAGUCACCCUUUUGGGAGAGAGAGAGAGAGAGAGCUACUCCUGGGAGGCUCCUUUGCGGAUGAGCCAAUGAGGGACCCUGCUUCCCAGCUCCCUGACUGGAUGGAGCCUUGUUGUCUUUUAAAUGCACGGCUGCUGCUUGGUCUUGGCCUCUGAAGCGAGCGAGAGGCUCCUUUGCAAGGAGGGAGGCUCCGCGGUCCCAGCCCGAAGCAGGCUCCUCGGCUGGGCCUCCCUGCUGCUGCCGCUGCUGCUGCCUCUGGCGCCCGGGGGAGAUGCUGCUGGCCUCGGCGGUGGUGGCGGUGUGGGAAUGGCUGAACGAGCACGGGCGCUGGCGGCCCUACAGCCCCGCCGUCAGCCACCACAUCGAGGCCGUGCUCCGGCAGGGCUUGCCCCGCACCGGCGGCAGCGUGGUCCUGGGCCAAGCCGAGCCCCGCCUCGCCCCCUACAUCCUCGACCUCCACUCCAUGCACCAGUUCCGCCAGGACACCGGCACUAUUCGCCCAGUGCGGCGCAGCUAUUAUGAUCCCUCCUCAGCCCCAGGAAAAGGCGUGGUAUGGGAGUGGGAGAAUGACAAUGGCACCUGGACCCCCUAUGAUAUGGAGGUGGCUAUCACCAUCCAGCAUGCUUAUGAGAAACAGCAUCCCUGGAUUGACCUUACUUCCAUUGGCUUCUGUUACAUCAUUGACUUCAGCACCAUGGGGCAGAUCAACCGCCAGACUCAACGCAAACGCCGUGUCCGCCGCCGACUUGACAUGGUCUACCCGCUGGUCACUGGCACCUUGCCCAAAUCCCAGUCAUGGCCAGCAAGCCCUGGUGUAGCCAGCACUCCCCCUGCUCCUGCCUGCACCUGUCCACAGUGCCUCCUUGUCAUGAGCAUCAAGGCAGCAGUAGCUGCUGGGAGCAACGGAGGGUCUGGAGCUACAGUGAGCCAACAGCAGCCACAUCAACCGCAGCCACCUCCACGGAAGGCCAUUUCCCUUUCUGGGAGUAGCAAACUUCCCACUCCAGCCUCAGUUCACAAGCCCCAAGAUGGAACAGCCACAAUGCGCAGCUCCUUGAAGACCCUGGCAUCUCAAGUGAGCCGGAGGCAGGCAGCCAGCACACCAGCCCUUACCACAACAAACUCUCCUGCCAGCCCUCCUGGUGCCAACGGAAAGGUGACCCGUGCCAGCCUUAAUACACUGAACCGCACCAACCUGCAGCGCCUGGCAAUUGCACAGUCCCGUGUCCUGAUUGCCUCAGGGGUCCCUACAGUUCCUGUGAAAAACCUCAAUGGCUCAAGCCCAGUCAAUCCAGCACUGGCAGGAAUCACAGGGAUCCUCAUGAGUGCCGCAGGGCUGCCUGUUUGCCUCACUCGACCUCCAAAGCUGGUUCUGCAUCCCCCUCCAGUCAGCAAGAGUGAAAUCAAACCUAUCCCUGGGAUCUCCAGUACUUGCCGCAAGACCACCAAGAAGCAGGCCAAGAAAGGUAAAACCCCUGAAGAAGUUUUGAAAAAAUACUUACAGAAGGUGCGCCAUCCACCUGAUGAGGAUUGUACCAUCUGCAUGGAACGCCUCUCUGCCCCUUCAGGCUACAAAGGACCUCAGCCAGCCAUCAAGCCAGAUUUGGUGGGCAAGCUCGCCAAGUGUGGCCACAUGUAUCACCUCCACUGCCUUGUGGCCAUGUACAACAAUGGGAACAAGGAUGGGAGCUUGCAGUGUCCAACUUGUAAAACUAUCUAUGGUGUGAAGACAGGCACCCAGCCUCCUGGAAAGAUGGAGUAUCAUCUUAUUCCCCAUUCAUUGCCUGGACACCUUGACUGUAAAAGCAUCCGAAUUAUAUACAACAUCCCACCAGGGGUCCAGGGACCAGAGCAUCCAAAUCCUGGGAAAAGCUUCACUGCCAGGGGUUUCCCUCGGCACUGUUAUCUCCCAGAUAGUGAAAGAGGUAGAAAGGUGUUGAAACUGCUGUUGGUAGCCUGGGAUCGGCGGCUGAUCUUUGCCAUUGGCACCUCAAGCACCACUGGCGAGUCUGACACAGUGAUCUGGAACGAGAUUCACCACAAGACAGAAUUUGGCUCCAAUCUCACUGGCCAUGGCUACCCCGAUCCCAACUAUUUAGAUAAUGUGUUGACUGAGCUGGCUGCUCAAGGCAUUACAGAGGAGAGUGUAGCUCAGGAAAAGGAUUGAGAGUGUGGGAGGAGAGGAGGAAGGCAUUGCCUGGGGGUGGAGCUGCCAAUAUAGCAGUAUUCCAUGGAUCCAGCUCCAUCCCCUAUCUGCUGUGCCUGCUCUGUCCUCUCCUCCUGCUCUUCCUCCUCCUGCCACAGCUACCAUCUGCCUCUUAAAAGGGCCGCCUUUGCCACUACAACAGUCUACAUAGGGGCCUUGCUUGGAUGAGAAGCUACUGACCUGCUACCCUGUGGCGCUCAUAGCACUUGGCUCACCAGAGCAAACAAACCUGGGAGAGUUUUCUCCCAGUUCAUCUCAACCAUGGGGUGGAGUGUCCUCAUGAAGCCUGAGGUUAUAUUAACCUUACAGCAGCUUCAUGUUUGUAGCUCAGACACCUGGCCUUGCCCCUUCUUAGGGGUGUGGUGGCAUCUUUGUGUGGGGAAACUAGAGACCCACUUUAAAUUCUGUGAAAAACAAGUAUGCCUUAGGGGCAGGCAGUCCCAUAAGGAAUCUGGUGGUACUACUCAGGAGCUAAGAAAGUGGCUCCAUUCCAAAGGCAUUAAAACCAAUCCUGGUCUUUGUUAUCAUCCUCUCUCUCUUGCCCAGCUAGGUGCCUGCUUCCAUGUUGUCAUGUCUCUGCUUCUUUCAUGUUAUGGGCACCCUGUGAGUCAGAGAUGUGCUGUUUCCUGGUCUGAUACUUCCCUCCCUAUCAGCCUCAUGCAUUAUGGGGCUGCCUCACCCAGUCCUGUUCCAAGAAAGCUAAGAAGCAGUCCUGUUUCCUGCUAGGCUCUGUCCCAAUUCCAUAGGGUGAAGUAGGCUGGAAAUUUCUUCUCUUCAGUACAUUCCAAACUAGGCCAGGUAUAUGCAAGUUUUUGUUGUACAAUGUGAAGCAGACUAAAGCAGAAUUAAGCAUGUUGACAGGUGGUCUUCGGACUGAAUCUUAAGCAGGAGGAGUCAGGCUCUUGCAUCCCUGAAUUUUAUGUAUCAGAAUUUGACCCACAUAUGCCUGUCUCCAAUAGAGUCACUCUUUUUCAGACCAAGUCAGAACUAUUUCUUGCUCUUGGUAGCUGGAUCUUCUGGACCCAACUGAACUCUCUGAUGCAAUACUAACUUGGUUAAAGUUUUAAGUCAGGUCUCGAGAUCAAUACAGAGCCAUGUGCCCCAAACUUUCUCUCUCUGUUCUGUUAAUUGCAUCCUUGUGGGGUUGUUUUCUGUCUGAUCUUCUUUCUGUUAGGGAUUAGAAUUAUUGGAGUUAGGGAGAUGGUGAAGGGUGAGACAUUUUGUAGUUUUGCCCCGUAUCUUCCCAGGUGGGUUCUUUGAACUAUUUGUAUGGGGGAGUCCCCUGGAUAUGGAUUUAAAUUUAUUUUACCUCAUGUUUUGGGGAUUUGUCGUAUAUAUGUGUAUAUUUAUAUAUAUAUAUUUGUAAUGUAUGAGAAAGACUCUGAAGUUAGGAUGUAUAACACAAUGGUACUUAAGUUAGACCUGGAGGCUAAGUGCUACUGUUGAUGUGGUUUGCCAUGGUAGAGGCAGGAGUAGGCAACCUGGUAUUUUCCAGAUGAAUGUGAUUACAAGCCCUGCUGGGCCCAGUAAACAUGAUCAACAUCCAGUGAUUAUCGAAGUUACAGUCCAACAACAGAUAGAGGGUAACAGGUAACCUACCCCUGGUACAGAAAUGAGACUGGUUGUCAUCUUGAAAUGAUUACACUAACAGUCCCAUCAAGUCCAUGCCCACAUCUCCCCCUCCCUCUCUUUAGUGUUUUAAUCAAUAAGAUGUUGGCUUUUUAAAGAUCUUAACAACCCUGGUGAAAUGGCUUGUGAGGCAGACUUGGAUGAGAAAAGAAGGGAUGGGAAAGAGUGAGGGGGUAGUGUGUGAGAGUAAAAAGGAGCUUGCCUGUGAAGGUGAAUGACUGUAUAUCUGCCCAGCUUGGUGGUGGUGGCAGCGGUGGCACAGUAUGCGUGAAAGAGAAGGAGCCCAGAGGCAUCAUGGGGGUUGUUAAGUCUGCAGCAUACCUUCAAAGUUACUAAGAAAAAUUAUGGAGCUUUUAGAUCCGUGUAACCUCAAGGUUCUCAGCAGCACUCUCUUUAAGAGCAUACUAAUAUUCCAAUGAGCCAGCUUCCUUCUGAAAAUCUAAAUUGGUUUCAGAAAUUAUUCUCUCUUGGCCUUUAAUGGGGAAGCUAAAAUAAUGUUCUACUUGUCCUUUCCUAACUCUGUAUCCCCUAAGAGUACAUUCUUUAAUCUUUACCGCUGUUACUUUUUAAUGAUGGUAACAAGGAGCCAUGGAAUAGCAUCACAUCCAGAAAUUCCUCCUUUCUCAGUAAAUCUCAACAAGGCAUUUUCCUUUUGGGUUCACAGUGACACAUGUCCUCCCUUUUGUAGAUUUGAUUUGCUCAAGUGGUGAUUUUAAAGAACAAAAAGUCGAGUUACAAGCAAGUUCCCUUAUCCCUUCUCAACAUGUUGUUGUCCUUUCCCAGCCCCUUCCUCCAAGCCUCCCUCUUUUCAGGGCAGCCAUGGCAUUCUCUCAGUUGUGACUUAGCCUCCAGGAUAGGAAAGGGUUUUUGAAGGGUGACCUUCUAGCCACUAUCAUCUCCCAGUUGAAGGGGAUCAACUUGCUUUUUAUUUCACUUUCUUUUGUCUGAUUGAUUUCUUCCUUUAAUUCUUCUGCUAUUAAUAAUUUUAUACUUCAUCGAGAAUGAUCAGCCUGAUGUGACACUGUCAUGGGAAAUGAUGGGCAGGGUCCUUUUCCUCCCCUCUUGUCCUUGUCAUGUCCCAGAGCAGGUUGUGUGGGUGCUGGUAGUGGUUUUAGGGGAGGGGGUGUGGGCGGGCGGGGGAGUGAAGAGCCAUGUUGUAUAUUGUUCGUUCGUUGUUUGUGAACGGGUGCGUUUUGCCCGUCUCUAGUUUGUUGCAUUGUGUGAGGAUGACACUCUUGGGGGUGUAACAAUAAAAGGAAAAUUCCACUGCCAGCUUGAA